AUGAAUUUUUUGAUUGGUUAUGAACACUUUAUUGGAGGAAUUGCGGGAGGAUUUGUCAGUACAGCAACUUGUCAUCCUUUUGAUCUGUUAAAAAUUCGUUAUUCAGCAAAUGAAGGCAGCCAACUCAGACCAAAAUAUUCUAGCUAUUUGGACGCUAUCCGCAAAAUUUAUUCAGCAAAUGGAGUUAAAGGAUUGUAUAGAGGAAUUACACCUGCUGUAGUUGCUGCACCUUUGUCUUGGGGUCUCUACUUUCAUUUUUAUAAUCGAAUCCGCUCAUUUACAAAUACCUCACCAAAAUAUCCAUUUUUUGACAAUUUGUUGGCUGGUUCAAUUACUGGAGGAAUUAUUCUUUCAUUAACAAAUCCUUUUUGGGUAUGUAAAACUAGAAUGUGUUUACAAUAUGAACAUUUGGUAAAUGAAAAACAAUUUUCCGGACUUGUUGGAUGUUUAAAAAAUAUAUGGAAAACAGAAGGACUGAGAGGAUUUUAUAAGGGUUACAUCCCAGGUUUAAUAGGCACUACCAACGGAGCUGUUCAAUUUGCAAUUUAUAACAGAUUAAAAGAUUAUCGUUGUCAUUCACUUGGAUUGGCACAGGACUCGCAAUUGGUUUAUUUUUAUAAAAUUAAAAAAAAUUUUGUUAGAAACCUUUGGAUUAUUUAUUAUUUUCUACAAUAUCAAAAUGUUCCUCAACAAUUAUUACUUUUCCAUAUCAAGUUUUAA